AUGGCUUCGGUAGUUUGGCAGAAUUUGCAUAAGCACCUUUUAGAUCCCGUCUUAGAGAGAUUGGAGUCGCCAGAAGAUUAUUUGCGUUUCAGCAUUGUUUGUAAGUGGUGGUAUUCAGUAGCAAAGCAUAACUACGAUGAACGCGCUAAGGUGACAACUCCAGUGCUCUUGAUGAUUCAGACUGCAAAAAGAGGCACACGAUCGUUGUGCGAUUCCAUGCAGAAUAAGGUCCUUGAUUUUCACGUACAGGUUCCGAACGUGCGAUUCUGCGGCUCUUCAAAGGGAUGGUUGAUAUAUGUGGACAAGGAUUCUGUAGUAACCCUGGUUAAUCCCUUCUUUAGGGUUAAAGGGACGAGAAAGAAAGAAAAUUCCAUCAUUCGCCUUCCUCCACUCAUCGGCGGUGUUCCACCAUUGAAGAAUUGGGUUUCGUCUAUCAGCUACUAUUUUGCCUACAAAGCUAUACUUUCAGCAGACCCUGUAUGA